CAUCAAACCUAUCUUGGCCAUGGAACGCUUAGCAUGGCUUUGGUCCUGCGCCAGCCGUUCGCCUUGCGCCUCGGCGUGCGGUUUCGCCUUGUGGAACUCCGUGCUCCACUCGCCGCGGGCCCCGCGGGAUCCGCGCACCGCGGCGCCGCGGCGCUCGCCAGCUGCGGCCUCGGCGUGGGAUGUCGCCUGACUCGGCUGACGCGCCUGGCACGGCCACGGCGGCGGCAGGUGGCCACUCGUCGGGACCCCAUGGAGGCAGGUUUCCAGGCGGCGGCGAACCUGGCGGCGAACCUGGCGGCGAACCUGGCGGCCGACGCCCGGAAGACGGCCGAGGUGACGCUGGACCCAGCCACUGCGCGCUGCGCUGAGGAGCUUCAGGCGGCACUGGAAAAGCUGCCGCGCAGCCUGGCAAUGGCGGAGGACCUGACGCUGGCCCUGGGCGCCUUCUCCCGGAUGAAGAUCCUCCACAGGGGCUUGCUGGAUGCCCUCAAGGACUUGCCGCGGGAGCUGUGGCUCAAGUUGGGCCCUGGGACCUUCGUCCAGGCGGUGGCAGCCUAUGCGAGCUUUCAGCUGGAGGACGCUGAGUUCAACCAAGUCUUGGCAGAGUUGAUCGUCACACGUGGCCUGAAGCUGCGGGGCCCGGAGCUGGCGAGCCUGGGCUUCGCGGCUGCGUCGCUGGGCCUGGGGCGCUUCGAGGAAGUGGCGCCGAGCCUGGCGGAGGCCUACGGGGAGGUGGACCUCAGGUCUCUCAGCGCCUACGACCUGUCGCGGAGCUGCUGGUCCCUGGCGCGCCUCGCCGACACGACGAAUUCGGCGACAGCAGCAGCUUCUGCGAAGCGCCUGGGGCAGGCGGCGCUGGCGCAGGCGAAGCGAGGCAAACUCUUCGGCCUCAGCCUGUCGCAAGUGUUGUGGGCCUUGCACAGGUUUGGUCUGGAGGAGGAGGCUGAAAAGCUUUGGCAAGAGGCCCAAGGCCGCGCGGGCCGGGACGCCUUCGGCGAGAAGCUGCGCCAAAGCUCCGGCGACUCUGCGCGGCUGUUGCUGCGCAUGGCGGAGAACUGUGAAAGCCCUGGGCUGAAGGCGGCGGUGCUGAACGCCGCGGCGCUGAAAUCGGAGCCAAAGGCGGCGGAGGCGAUCUUGCGGCAGAUGGCGGAUCAGGAGCUCUGGACGCCGGUGACCUACCGCCUCGCGGAUCGGCUGAAGAGCCAGGUGCAAGGAGCGCCCCCGGCCCCGGGCUUGCGGGAGGCCGGACGGGGAUCUCACAAGUAUGUGCGGGCGCUCUACUCUGCUCUCUCCAGAGCGCAGCCGGGGGACGCCACCUCGGCCCUGAAGGCGCUGGAGCGCUUCUCCCAGAGCUCCCCAAGGGCCUGGCUGAAGUUCGGGGCAGCGGACGAGAAGGGCAAGGUCCUUGAGGAAGCUUGGCGAAGCGUGAAGGCGCCGAAGGCGACUGCCCUGGAGUUCGGCACCUUCCUGGGCUACUCCGCGGUGAAGUUGGCCCGGAGUUUGCCCAACUCCCGGGUGGUGACGCUGGAGAUGGAUCCGGAGGUGGCCUGCCUGGCCAUGAACUUCAUCGAGUUUGCCGGGCUCAGCCACGCGAUCGACGUGCGCAUUGGCCAGUGCGAAGACUUGGUGGACCAGCUUUCCGAGGAGCUGACACCGGGAUCUAUUGAUGUGGUGUACAUGGAUCACAACCAGAUGACCUACCACCACGACUUGGCGCAGCUUCAACAAAGCAGGCUGCUGGCGCCAGAGGUGCUGUUUGCGGCGACCCAGGGGCUGAAGCCGGGGGCGCCGCUGCUGCUGUGGCACCUCGCGCAGGCACAGAAGGCCGGCCUCUGGGCGGACGUGGAGUUCGUGUCCUGCCCCGACUGCGGGCUGAAGCUCAUGGAGGACUGGGUGGUCCUGGCACGGGGGGGCGCCACACGCAGCCUGAAGCGCUCCGGCGGCAUCGUUUCGCCGGCGCCCCGGGAGCUGCAACUGCUGGCGGCGGAGUGCAACCUGAUGCGGUGGCGCACAACCCGCGGCUUGGUGGACGAGACGCGGUGGAACCAGUUCGUGCAGUACGUUCGCCGCUCUGUGGAGCACUUCGGCCUCACCAGCACGCGCCACGCCUGGCCGGACGAGAAGAACCGGGUCGCGGCGCGGCGGCUGCAAUACACUCGCCUGGACUACUGAGCUGCAACCGGGGAUCUCGUGGCCGGCCCACCUCCGGGCGCAAACGGUCGUGGCCCUCCAAGCAGCAAGGACCUCGAACGGAGGGGCGGAGAUCACGGAGGACGCGGACAGAGCGGUGAGAUACGCGCAGAAAAGUGAGG